CCAGAGGACCCACGUGACACAUGACGUAUGGACGCAUGACCCGCAUUGACGCAGAAACAAACAACAAACGCAACAACGCAGGUGUUUUCUGUCUUCGGAUGACCAACACAGCGUAUUGAGAGGGUUUCCAAGUUACACGUGGGUUUCUGUAUCACACCUUGAGUGGUUGGAAGGGUCGUAGUCAUUGGAGGAACAGGCAUGGCGCUGGACUUUGUAGCGGGGUGUUUCGGGGGCGCGGCAGGGGUGGUGGUCGGCCACCCUUUCGACACCAUCAAAGUCCGUCUGCAAACACAGUCCACGAGAAAACCGCUUUACAGAGGGACACUCCACUGUUUCACAGAGAUUGUGAGGAAGGAAACGGCAUUUGGGUUGUUUAAAGGCAUGACUUCGCCGCUAGUAGGACUCACGUUCAUUAACGCUAUUGUGUUCGGCGUACACGGUAACUUACACCGCACGUUAGGAGAGGGGCGGCUGCUGAACACGUUUUUGGCGGGAGCGGCGGCUGGGGCGGUUCAAAGCAUCGUAUGCUCGCCCAUGGAGUUAGCCAAGACACGCAUGCAACUCAUGGGGCUAGGAGAAAAGUCUAAGAAAAGGAAAGAAAUUAAGAACUCUCUUCACUGCCUUUUGAGAAUCUAUAAAGCCGAAGGAUUGAGAGGGUGUUACAGAGGCAUGAUUCUAACCCUAUGGAGAGAUGCCCCUUCAUUCGGGGCGUACUUUGUCACCUACGAUACUGUGUGCCAAAUGUUUGCUCCAGACGAUAGCGAUCAUAAUAAUGUCGGUACGCUGUUGUUUGCAGGAGGAAUGGCCGGGGUUUCUGCAUGGCUUAUUACAUAUCCAGUCGAUGUCAUGAAGUCCCGUAUACAGGCAGACGGGGUGGGGGGAAAGAACGUGUACAAGGGCACGUCUGACUGUUUUGUGACGAGCUACAAGACGGAAGGAUGGAAGUUUUUCACCCGGGGGCUAAACUCGACGCUUAUCCGAGCGUUCCCCGUUAAUGCCGCAACUCUAACUGUGGUCACACUAAUUCUGAGAAAUGUGAAGUCAGAAACGCCAGACCACGAGUGAAUAUUAGGACGUAACAUAGUUGUAACGUAACAUAGCUGUGACGUCAUAUAUAGUUUCCGGAAACGGAAACACGAUGGCGUAUACAUGACGUCAAAUUUAAACAUGGGCGCCAUGCGCCGCAAAAGCAAUAUAGCUAUGGUAUGACAUUUACCAAACCUGCAACAUUAAUGGAGAUUAUGUGACAAUUGCUGCUGCUUGAACAUUUCAUGAUGACGUCGACAAUUCUUGGGCACGGAGUUCCCGCGCAUUCAGGUGGAUGGGAGGGGAGCAGGUGGCAGACGGGUGGGCGGUGCCUUACGUCAUCGGGAAGGAUAGUUCUCAUUGGUCCUUAGCUAAACUUGUCAACACAUAACUACACAGUAUAAGUACAUGUACAACUGCUUGACGGAAAUUAAAGAAACUGUAUCGAAGAUACAACUGUUAGCUAUCACUGUUAACUAGCUGCUAAACCUAUCAGAAAGAAUGGACAUUUCAGGGAUGCGUGAUGUAAAAUGUUGCAUGUUACAAGAAUAACUAUAUUAAAUUAUCAUUACUUA